ACAUGCAAGAUGGCCACGCAUCACAGGCAAAAUGCUGCUGGGCGGAGAAAAGUACAGGUGUCCUAUGUGAUUAGGGAUGAGGUGGAGAAGUACAAUCGAAAUGGGGUGAAUGCACUGCAACUGGACCCUGCGCUGAACCGGCUCUUCACUGCUGGAAGGGACUCUAUCAUCCGGAUAUGGAGCGUUUAUCAGCACAAACAGGACCCAUACAUUGCUUCAAUGGAGCAUCAUACAGACUGGGUCAAUGACAUAGUUCUGUGUUGCAAUGGAAAAACAUUGAUAUCUGCCUCAUCAGACACUACAGUUAAAGUAUGGAAUGCACACAAAGGGUUCUGUAUGUCGACGUUACGAACACACAAAGACUACGUGAAAGCUUUGGCCUACGCUAAGGACAAGGAGCUUGUGGCCUCAGCUGGCUUGGACCGACAGAUCUUCCUGUGGGAUGUGAACACACUAACAGCACUCACUGCUUCCAAUAACACUGUCACCACUUCGUCUCUCAGUGGGAACAAAGACUCCAUCUACAGUUUGGCUAUGAACCAGAUGGGCACAGUCAUUGUAUCUGGAUCUACAGAAAAGGUUCUCAGAGUCUGGGAUCCUCGAACGUGUGCAAAACUGAUGAAGCUAAAAGGUCACACAGACAACGUGAAAUCGUUGCUGUUGAAUCGCGAUGGCACUCAAUGUCUGUCGGGCAGCUCAGACGGGACCAUCCGACUGUGGUCACUUGGCCAGCAGAGGUGUAUUGCCACAUAUCGGGUGCACGAUGAAGGCGUAUGGGCGCUGCAAGUCAAUGAGGCCUUCACACACGUCUAUUCUGGAGGCAGGGACAAGAAGAUCUACUGCACUGAUCUGCGUAACCCAGACAUCCGUGUGCUCAUCUGUGAGGAAAAAGCACCGGUGCUCAAAAUGGAACUGGACAGAUCUGCUGACCCACCGCCAGCAAUCUGGGUCUCCACAACCAAGUCAUCCGUUAAUAAAUGGUCCCUAAAAGGAAUGCACAACUUCAGAUCAUCAGGGGAGUACGACAACGACUGCAGUACCCCUCUGACACCACUGUGUACACAGCCAGAACAAGUCAUCAAAGGCGGUGCCAGUAUUAUACAGUGCCACAUUUUGAAUGACAAGAGACACAUACUCACCAAAGAUACCAACAACAAUGUGGCUUUCUGGGAUGUCCUGAAGGCUUGUAAAGGCGAAGCUGGCAAAGUGGAGUUUGAUGAAGAGAUUAAAAAGCGCUUCAAGAUGGUCUAUGUGCCAAAUUGGUUCUCUGUUGAUCUGAAAACUGGGAUGCUCACAAUCACACUGGAUGAGAGCGACUGCUUCGCUGCCUGGGUGUCGGCAAAGGACGCAGGGUUUUCAAGUUCUGAUGGAUCUGACCCGAAGUUGAAUUUAGGUGGAUUGCUGCUUCAGGCUCUGCUUGAGUUCUGGCCCAGAACUCGUAUUAAUCCCAUGGAUGAGGAAGAGAACGAGGUGAACCAUGUGAACGGAGAGCAGGAGAACAGGGUCCAGAAGGGGAACGGGUAUUUCCAGGUGCCACCACACACGCCUGUCAUCUUCGGGGAGGCAGGUGGCAGAACUCUGUUUAGGUUGCUAUGUAGAGAUUCAGGUGGUGAGACCGAGUCCAUGCUGCUGAAUGAGACAGUUCCACAGUGGGUUAUUGAUAUAACUGUAGAUAAAAAUAUGCCCAAGUUCAACAAAAUCCCGUUCUACCUCCAGCCCCAUUCGUCUUCUGGUGCAAAAACCCUAAAGAAGGACCGCCUCUCGGCCAGCGACAUGCUCCAGGUGAGGAAGGUGAUGGAACACGUUUAUGAGAAGAUCAUCAACCUGGACAACGAGUCGCAGACCACCAGCUCCUCGGCCAAUGACAAGCCCGGGGAGCAGGAGAAGGAGGAGGACAUGGCCAUGCUCGCAGAGGAGAAGAUUGAACUCAUGUGUCAAGACCAGGUUCUAGAUCCCAACAUGGACCUGCGAACAGUCAAACAUUUUAUCUGGAAGAGCGGAGGGGACUUGACGCUUCACUAUAGGCAGAAGUCCACGUGAAAAUCAAUUCAAAGAAACAAAACAAAAAAAAAAAACUCUUGUCAUUUGCCAAUCACCACCCACCUCUGACAUGUAGUCCCCCCCCUCCCCCCAAAACCCCGUUGUGUGGUCCAGAGUCGCAGUAUCAAUGAGAAUCCAGGCUCACGGUGUAACAUAGGGAACUACCAGAACCGACUGGAGCAGCCAAGAGACGCCUGGGAGAUAAGUGGUCCAUAUUAUUUUUGUUUUUUUUAACAGCUUGAAGAACGGACUCUAAUAUUUUCUCCAGCUCUCAGCAUUUUUUUUUUUUCUUCUUCUUCCAUCUCAGACCGCUGUGUUUGUUUUCUCCUCCUGAUUGGCGCUAAUUUUGACCACAGUUACAGUCCGUGUUUGUGUCUGAGCGCGCGUGCGUGCGUGUGUGUAUAUGCACAUGGAUGUAGUAGACUGUUUUGUUCUAGUACAUUCCAGAAACAGUCCUUGUUCUACAAACACUCCACCAGUGUCACCAGUUUAGGAUACACUCGGUCUCUGGGUAGCGUCACAGUCCCUCCUAGCGAUCCUCAUCUGUUCUGUUGGUCGGCCAUCAUAACUUGAACUUAACCUUGGCUUAGACGUGUAAUUAUUGCAGAGCUUGAACCUCAUUGACAAAUGCACACUUGUCUUUGUCUUUAUUUUAGCCGUGCUGUUAUCAAUGGACUGAAUGUUGUUUCUUUCUUUCUUUUCUUUCUUUUUUUUUUGUAAAUAUAGUACAACAUUUUUUGAUUUAAGUGACUUCUUUACUUUUGGGAUUUUGCAGCAGUUGUAUUUUGUGUACAGUUGACCUAAAACCGUUAGUUUUUUUUUUUUUUUCCAAAUCCCUAGAGCACAUUCAUGAUCAUGAAGGUAAUUUGACCUGGAUGUUAAAAAUUGCAUUUGUUGUAUUCACUUACAACCUGGAAAUUGCAGUUACUCUUAAGAAUGUUAGUAGUUGUCCCAAGUCAUUAGAUCGGGAAAUUAUAUAUAAGGCAUAUAUCUUAAACAAUAACUCAUUCUACUUGCUCUGUGCUUGGUCAUGAGCAGUGACUUUGACAGUGUGGGCUGUUCCUAAUGUAUAUUUCAUUUAGAUUUAAUAGGAGUUCGAUUAAACAUGUUGAAUAUUACUCGAAGGGGAAUCUCAUCCAAGAGAAUAUAUGAAUAUUCACCACCAAAGUGAAAUAAACGGAAACACCCAUUUCUCUGUUGGGGAAGCAGAUCCGCAGAUCCUUUCAUUGUAAAUGUUAUGAGAUUAAUUUUGCCAUGAGGAGUGUGUUUAAUGCCAUAGAUGGAGAGCAACGAGUGAGCUCGAAUUGGCCAAAACAGGCUGGGUAAUUAGGCCAUAACACUGCAAUAUCCCUCGUUGUAAUAAUUUGUGAAAUAUGUAUAUUUAGGCAUUCAAAGAAUAAAUUGGAAUGAUUUAACAACUACA